AUGCCGAAAACAACGUCCGGUUCCAAUGCUGCUCCAUCAUUAGCACGAACCAUUCAAGCAAAAAAACGUCGAGCCAAGAAUGGUAAACCUCGCCCACCACGUGAUCUAAUUCAAAAAAAGCUAUAUUCAUAUGGUUACAUCGAUAUUGACUUGAAUAUAGAGUAUUUAUGUGGUUAUGAUGGACAUGGUAUGGUGAGGAUAGAGGCUCAAUUUUGUUUAACACAAUUUGAUUCAAAUCCCGAUGCAUUCUAUAUUUUAUUAUGA